AUGGAGAAACACGGAUGCAAGCUCUGUUCGAAGAGCUUCAGCAAUGGCAGAGUUCUCGGAGGACACAUGAAGUCUCGCCUGGUCGCUUCUCAGCACGAGUCGUCAGCAGAGUCUUCGUCGUCUUCCUCGUAUGGUAAAUCUCCGAGUUAUAGCUGGCAAAACCAGAAGAAAGAUAACGACAAAGACGGGUCGGAACUCGGGGGAUCCGAAGAAGAAGAAGAAGGGUUCGGCGCGAGUUCUGUCUCGGACGCUUCUCCGGAGGAGGAUUUGGCCAUGUGUUUGAUAAUGCUGUCCAGAGAUGCGAGGAAUCAUUGGGGAAAACUGAGAAAACCAGGAGAAGAAGACGAAGAGAUGAGGCCGGAAAAAAGGCAGUGUCUGAUAGAUCUGAACUUGCCUCCACCGUCGGAAGAAGACGAAGCUUUUGCAGUGUAG